AUGGUGAGUGGAAAUUCCAACCAAAUAUUCAUUUUUUGGAUGCUUCUCUUGCUUGCCAUUGGUGCCUCCUUGGUGCAUGGCCAUAAAGGCACAAGAGUUGGAUUUUAUUCCACUACGUGUCCUCAAGCAGAAUCCAUUGUUACCUCAACAAUUCAAUGCCAUUUCAAUUCUGAUCACACUGUGGCUGCUGGAUUGUUUAGGACGCAUUUUCAUGACUGUUUCAUGCGAGGUUGUGAUGCUUCAGUCCUUAUUGAAGCUGCCAAGACUCAACUUGAAGCUGUAUGUCCUGGCAUUGUUUCUUGUGCUGAUAUUCUUGCCCUUGCUGCCCAUGAUUCUGUUGUUUUGGUUAAUGGAUCAAGUUGGGCUGUUCCCACAGGACGCAGAGACGGAAGGGUUUCAUUGGUAACUGAUGCUGACAAUUUGCCAGCAUUCACUGACUCCAUCGAUGUGCAAAAGCAAAAGUUUUCUGCUUUGGGUCUCAAUACUCAAGAUCUUGUGGCCCUCGUUGGCAGCAAAAGAACCCAGCGUGUGGCCUGCACCGUUGAAGAAAAGGUGCAGAGAGAGCCCAGUUUCAGGCUAGCGCAGCUGAAGAAAAGGUGCAGGGAACCCAACUUGAGGCCCACAUCGUUGAAGAGAAGGUGCCGGGAACCGGAAGUUGAAGAGACUACACAAAAAUUUGCCUGUGACAAGGCAGAUGGCGGUGAUGGCGGAAAACUUUACUUCUGA